UUCCGCCGCGGGCUGCGCUUCCUGCCCGCGUCCCGGAGCUCUGUGCCCAGCGCUCUGCGCCCUAGCGCUCUGCGCCCCGGAGCCCCGCGCCUCCCCGGUCGCGCGUCUCUACGCCCUAGCGUCCCGUGCUCCCCAAAGUUGCCGGCGGCGGCGCGCGGCCCCCCUGCUUCCAGCGCCCCCGGCCCCCCGCGCGUCAUGGCCGCCCCGGACCUAUCGACCAACCUCCAGGAGGAGGCCACCUGCGCCAUCUGCCUCGACUACUUCACGGACCCGGUGAUGACCGACUGCGGCCACAACUUCUGCCGCGAGUGCAUCAGCCGCUGCUGGGGCCAGCCCGAGGGGCCGUACGCGUGCCCCGAGUGCCGGGAGCUCUCCCCGCAGAGGAACCUGCGCCCCAACCGCCCGCUCGCCAAGAUGGCUGAGAUGGCGCGGCGCCUGCACCCGCCGUCCCCGGUCCCGCAGGGCGUGUGCGCCGCGCACCGCGAGCCGCUGGCCUCCUUCUGCCGCGACGAGCUGCGGCUGCUGUGCGCGACGUGCGAGCGCUCCCGGGAGCACUGGGCGCACCGCGUGCUCCCGCUGCAGGACGCGGCCGACGACCUGAAGGGGAAGCUGGAGAUGUCCCUGGAGCAUCUGCGGAAACAGAUGGAAGAUGCUCUGCUGUUCCAGGCCCAGGCGGAGGAGACUUGUGCCCUGUGGCAGAAGAUGGUUGAGAGCCAGCGGCAGAACGUCCUGACCGAGUUCGAGCGGCUGCGCCGCUUCCUGGUGGAGGAGGAGCAGCAGCUGCUGCAGAAGCUGGAGGAGGAGGAGCUGGAGGUGCUGCCCCGGCUGCGCGAGAGCGCCGCCCGCCUGGUGCAGCAGAGCAGCGCGCUCGGGGAGCUCAUCGCAGAGCUGGAGGGGCGCUGCCAGCUGCCGGCGCUGGGGCUGCUGCAGGACAUCAGGGACGCCCUGUGCAGGAUCCAGGACGUGAAGCUGCAGCCUCCGGAGGUGGUGCCCAUGGAGCUGCGGACGGUGUGCAGGGUCCCCGGGCUGGUGGAGACGCUGCGGAGGUUCCGAGGGGACGUGACCCUGGACCCAGACACAGCUAACCCCGAACUGGUCCUGUCCGAGGACCGGCGGAGCGUGAGGCGGGGGGAUCUGCGGCAGGCCCUGCCCGAUACCCCAGAGAGGUUCGACCCGGGCCCCUGUGUGCUGGGCCACCUGCGCCUCAACUCGGGCCGUCACUACUGGGAGGUGGAGGUCGGGGAGCGGGCCAACUGGGCCCUGGGCGUGUGCCGAGAGAACGUCAACAGGAAGGAGACGGGCGAGCUGUCGGCUGGCAAUGGCUUCUGGAUCCUGGUGUUCCUGGGCAGCUACUACAACUCUCCCGAGCAGGCCUUCGUUCCCCUGCGUGAGCCCCCCCGGCGCGUGGGCAUCUUCCUGGACUACGAGGCCGGCCAUCUGUCCUUCUACAGUGCGACUGACGGGUCACUCCUGUUCAUCUUCCCCGAGACGUCCUUCUCCGGGGCUCUCCGGCCCCUCUUCUCACCGCUGUCCAGCAGCCCCACCCCUAUGACCAUCUGCAGGGUGAAAAGUGGGCCCGGGGACGUGCUGGCUCCCUAGGGACAUGCUUUUGGCUGACCACAGACCCCUGCCUGCAAGCAGGGGGCUAACAGCCCCCGCACCCCUUGGCGUGUCCUCUUGGGAGCCCAUGUUUUGAGCUGAUGGGAAGAAACUCAUGGUACUUCUCUCAAUGUACAUAGUAGAACAGAAACUGAUGCUGCCAGGAAAGCGUGUGCGAGUAUGUGUGUGUGCGAGUGUGUGGGUGUGUGGUACGAGCCUUCUCCUCCCCCUCAGAACUCUCAGAUUGUCUGGAGCUAAAGCUCCAUUCACCCGUUUUCAGUCACCGGGCAGGAUGUUCUGACUAUAAAGUUUUAGCGUCCCCACCCCAACCAUGGAGUGCCAGUAGCCGUUUCCAGAAGCCCAAGUCCUCGUGACACUGGGACCUCUAACCUAAGGUCCCCCAGGAGCCUCACCCACAGAGGCUGUGCCACCCCGGCUUCCUCAGGCUUGCAGGCCCACCCCCUGCACCCCCUGCUUUCCAGAGAGCACUGGUGGGAAGUAGCUAUGGGGGAAAGUCUGCUCCAAGCCCAUCAGCCUAAAUUGAGAGGAUUAGUGGGAAUCAAUCCCAACAUUGCAUGUGAUUCCUUCAGAGUAAUUGGGGUAUGGCACUUGGAAUCUUCAGGAAAGGGAUUAUCUGGGAAAGCCAAAGAGUAAGAGGAAAUACGAAUAAAGGCUGAAGGGGCAGUGUCCCUAGGAAGGUGCCAUUGAAAGCUGUGGUCCCGAAGGUUGACUGUGUGUAAGCUGCUUGGCUGCUUCUGGAAAAUGCUACUUCCCCGGUAAGUCACAUGCAGACAUUCCAGUUCACGAGGGCUGUGGGGCCACAGGUGAGACGAGGACUCAGGACCUACCCCUGGCAGGGUGGACUGCAGACUCCAGUCUUGUUUUUAAGACUAAGACCGUCACUGAGCUUUGAGAGCCAGUGGUCUUUCUUUGACCUCACAGAUUCUGUUGUUUGGUCCAUCGGAAGCUAAAUGCCAGUCUUCGUGUCCCAAACCCAGACUCUUGGCCUCCUUUAUAGGUUUUAUCAACAUACAGGGGGAUCCCAGGCUUUAGUUAGACCCACCUUGAUUGGAUCCCCAUCACUAGCUGCAUAACCGACCCUGAGAAAGCUUUUAACAGGACUGUAUGUGGGUUUGCUCACUGAUGAAAUGGGAUUCAGUAAUUCCUCCUUUGCAGGGUUAUGGCAAUUCACUGAGAGGGUGUUUAUAAAGUGCUUACUGCUGUCCAGUAAUUCUCAACUAUGAUCCCCUGGGAACAGGCUUGAGCUAGGCUGCCCCCAGAGUUGCAAAACAAAUGUUGGGGCUCCUCGGAGGUUGCUCCAAUGGUAAGAGGCACAAUUUAUUGAGCUGCCCACAUGCAGGAAACCCUAUUAAGUGCUUGGCAGACAUUCUCUCACCCCAGGAGGGCAUGGAGAUCUGAAUGCACACAGAAUCCAGAGGUUUAUUUUUGCUUUCAGGUUUGGGGUUUCCUCAUCUUCCUCGAGAAAGGUUAGCUCUUAGCCUCUCUUUUAACCCCCCUGCAUUUUAUUUAUUGUAAGAACAGUGUUCUAACUUUAAAUAAAUAAAUUUUAACCAUUUGCCUGUAA